CAGACCAGAUCCGACAUGAAGACGCAGAUCCGGGGUCUGGAGGAGGAGCUGAAGAUCCUCAAGGAGAACAACCAGGAGGUGGACCUCACCAAGACCAUGGCCCAGAACACACCACUGCACCAAACCAUCUACUCCAAGAACCAGAAGGACCUGGAGGCCUUCCAGGCCAAGACCCAGGUUCUGAAGGACAAGGUGGUGGUUCACAUCCAGACCCUGCAGACGUCGUGGUUUGAAGUCACCCAGGUCCAGUCUACUCUGGAGUCUCUGGAGACCCAACUGCGGUCCGCGUCGGACACGGAAGUGUUGGAGGAAAGUGUGGCUGAAACCCUGAGGCAGUACGGAGGGACGCUGACAGGAUACCUGAGCCAGGUCUCCACUCUGGAGGACCAGCUGGUCCAGCUCAGGUUGGACCUGGAUCUUCAGGACUAUGAAUACAAGAAGCUUCUGGACACCCACAUCCAUCUGGAGUCGGAGGUCGCUGAGUACAAAAGGCUUCAGGGCUGAAACAGCGUCUGCGGCUCCACCCAGACUCAGGAGGAGGCGGUCUACGGGUAGGCGGUCUCCUCCACCGCCUCCACGCCCACCACCGGCACCGACGGCCAAUCAGCAGCGGACUCUGAGUCA